CGACGACGACAGACUCGCGUCCGCCACAGUGGUGUCGGUCCUGUCGUCAUUCGUGCCGAGCCCAUCGCCCGUGGUGUUGCCUGCGCUCCAUCGCUCAUUGUGCUAUGCACGACCUCGUGUUGAUCUAUAUUAUUCUGUGCUCUCAUGCACUGGGUGCCGUGCUACCACCAUUCCCUCCAAUGUUCCUGGGGCUCGUUAUCGGAUUCACUCUGGUAGCAUUUCACGGACAAUCCGUCGUUUGCGGGAGUGCAUACGAUGCUCAUCAGCGAGUUGAACGGCUUCGAUAUUCCCCCACGGUCAUC